AUGGCGACAGGCCAGCAAAAUGGCAGUUUCUACAGCGCUGGUCAAUUUAUGAGCCCGAGAGCCACUCCUGUGCCCCCCGGGCGUAACCCCCUCGACCUUCAACGUUCUCAGUCCUCCAUCCCUGCCACCAGCUUUGAAUCAAUGUCACUCGCAGGCGGUCAACCCUCUCCUGGCAUCAAUACUCCAAGUGCCCCGUUCUUCUCCAAUGGCAGCUCUUUGUCGUUGGCGGCUACCGUCAAGUCCUCCAACUCAACAACCAUCAUCAAGGAAGGCCAUGUCCGCUGUAAAGAAGAUAAAUUCCUCGCUCAAUGGAACCAACGCUAUUUGAUCCUCCGCGAAUUCAGGUUGGACUUCAUGAAGAGUGAAAAUGGGAAAUUGAUCAAUUCUAUCCAACUCAACACUGUGACCGGAGUGACUCGCUCGGAGGAAACCCGCAUGGCCUUUGAAAUCACUCGCAUUGCCAAUCCCAAAGAUGCUGCUGGAAAGGUCACCAUGGCUCGCGAUCUGCCCACUCGUGUUCUGACCUGUGAAGUCCGCAACGAUGAUGAAAUCUACGACUGGAUUGACAAGAUUUAUGAACGCUGCCCUGGAAUGGGCGGUGUCAGCAACCCCACCAAUUUCAGCCACCGUAUCCAUGUCGGAUUCGACCCCCAAACAGGUGGUUUCGUUGGUUUGCCUCAAGAAUGGGAAAAGCUGCUUAACAAUUCCGCCAUUACCAGAGAUGAUUACAAGAAAAAUCCCCAAGCUGUCAUCGAAGUCCUCCAGUUCUACUCCGAUCAAAAAAAGCGGGAGGAGAACCCUGAGAUCUAUUCUCCUGGCAUGACUACACCCCCCGCACAAUCUCAGGCCAACAAGCAACUAGGAUUUCCCUCAGGAGGCAAUAGUGUUGCUCCUCCACGACCUACGCCUCCCACUGAUGCCCAGCGUUAUAACGCCAAUCAAUUCAUGAACAAAUAUCAAGAUGGCCCGGCACGAACGAAUACUCCACCGGCCAAGCCCCAGUUGCAAAGAUCUCAGACCGAUAAGAGCGCUUACGAUAUGGAGGCUGACGCCGCGCGAAUCAAGGAGAUCGCAAAUCAAGAACAGAAGCGCCGACAAUUGGAGAUGGAGAAUAAACGGGCAGCCGAGAGACAACGGGAGAAGGAACGUGAAGAUGAGCAGCUCCGAAGGGAUCAAGAUGCAUACAAUGCGUCUCUACCCAAGAGUCGACCUCCUCUUGCUCAGCAAGAACUUGGAGGCUACGGCGGCAGCCCGGAUCGCCAACAAAGCCGACAAGACCCUCGAUACAAUCCUGCAAGAGCCGCUCCUUCUGCCCCUCAACAAGCUGCAUCGACAUCCCUUCGACAGCAGCCCCAGCCAAUCGCUCAACGUAUUGCUCCCUCUGCACCAACAAGCGGCUCUCAGAAAUCCAUUCCUACGUCGGUCUCUAAUGGUCAAGGCUCCCUCCGGUCUCCUGGCAGCCAAGACCGCGACAGACAACCAUCACCAAAUGCACGGUACCAGCCAGAAAGAGAAGCUCCCCACAAGGACUCCGCAUCCAAGCAACAAGCAAAUGGCAUGAAUGGUCAGUCGACGAGUCGUUCUCAGGGCUCUGUACAGCAGCCAAAACCUCUAAAUGUGGCCAAGCAGCCUCAGGCGAAGCCUGCCACUGAUCCUCGCAAAGAGGCCGAGAUUGCCUUGACAGCCAAGAAACCCGUGGAAGAGCGAGCAAAGGAAGUCCGCAUGUCAAGCAUGAGCGAAAGUGAAGUCAUGGCGAAACUCAAGCAAGUCGUUUCCAAAGACAACCCCUUGGAGUCCUACAGCAAGCAGAAGAAGAUUGGUCAGGGAGCUUCCGGCUCCGUUUAUGUUGCGAGGGUAAAGGAGAGUUGUACAUCGCCAGUUGCAAGAGAGAUCUACCGUACGCAUGGGCCCAAAGGUCAAGUGGCUAUCAAACAGAUGGAUCUCCGCAAUCAACCCCGCAAGGAAUUAAUCGUCAACGAAAUCAUCGUAAUGAAGGAUUCGAAGCACCCCAAUAUCGUGAAUUUCCUCGACUCCUUCUUGCAGGAGCAGAAUAAUGAGUUGUGGGUGGUGAUGGAGUUCAUGGAAGGUGGUGCUCUCACAGAUGUUAUCGACAACAAUCCAGUAAUCACCGAGGAUCAAAUCUCUACCAUUUGCUUCGAGACAUGCAAGGGUCUUGCUCAUUUACACUCUCAAGACAUCAUCCACCGAGACAUCAAGAGCGACAAUGUGUUGCUUGACCGUGUCGGAAACGUCAAGAUUACUGAUUUCGGUUUCUGUGCCAAGCUCACCGAAUCAAAGAACAAACGUGCCACCAUGGUAGGCACACCUUACUGGAUGGCACCUGAAGUUGUCAAGCAGAAAGAAUAUGGACCCAAAGUCGACAUCUGGUCUCUUGGAAUUAUGGCGAUCGAGAUGAUAGAAUCAGAACCGCCAUACCUGAACGAGGAACCUUUGAAGGCUCUCUUUCUCAUUGCAACCAACGGAACUCCUCGCCUGAAGAACCCCAACAAGCUUUCUCGCGAACUUAAAGCUUUCCUCAGUGUCUGUCUCUGUGUUGAUGUUAGAAGCAGAGCCAGUGCGGACGAAUUAUUACGCAAUGACUUUAUGCGGAUGGGCUGCAGUCUUCCAAGCUUGAGUGAACUACUCAAAUGGCGAGAGAAAGGCCGUCAAUGA